CAAUGCUAUGUGCGUUAACAGACCGGUAAUCAGUGUGUAAGCUCAAUUGUAAAUACAUAUACUUUACAAUAUUUAUAGCUACCCACACUAUAUGGGCUUUAACCGAAGUUCAUUUCUUCGCCGAUUAAAAGGAAUAUUUGCGAAUGUUGAAUUACUUAACUUUAUUGUAAAGAUUUUAGGGACAAAAAGGACAACUCUCGACAGUGUGCUCUGAAUUCAAAAAGCACAGCAUGUAUAAAGUCGUGAAAGCUUUAGAAGAGGAUAAAAACCACAAGUUCAAACACGGCAUCAUCAGACGUCGUGAAAUAGUUUACCAAAUACAACUCUAAAACAUAACCACAUACAUUUACAGAUUGUAGUUGUAUUCUGCUUCGGGUAGUCUUAGACCAGACAUUGACCAUAUGCCAUAUGAACACUGUACAUUUAACUAGGGGUGCAUCCAACCAAGACGCUCAUUUACGUAGAAAUAAAUCGCAAUAGCUUGUAAAGCCUGGAUGCUCGAGAAAAAUCGCCCGGAAAUAUCGUCUAGAAAGAAGAGAGAGAACUGCCCGUAAAAGUGUUCGAGAGACCAUUCCGAGGAACGAAUUUGGCACACAUAUCCCACAACUGAGAGAUAGUGGACGGUCACGAUGACAUCCAGGUCACGAUCAGCUGCAUCCAGAGCUGCAAAGAUGGUAGAGAGCCUUACAGAUCAAGAGAAAAGAGAACUCAGUUUAGCGUUCCAGUUACUGGAUCAGAAUGGAGAUGGUCUUGUCUCGAGUACAGAACUGAAGCACAUGCUCUCUAGUUUGGGUUUUGACACCACUUGGUCUCAAGUUCAAAACUUUGUGAAGCAGGCAGGGUCACAAGAGCUAGGCGUAGACGAAGAUGAAUUUAUCCUUUGGAUGUGUAGGAAUUGUAACGUGCAGUCAGCUAAUGUCACCGAAUCCAGCUUCAGCGCGUUCGAUCGGGAUAACGAUGGCUAUAUUAGUAAGGCUGAGUUAUCGAAAUGUCUCCAGUUAUUGGGGGUUAGCGUUUCUGAUGAAAUGUUAGAUCUGAUGCUCCGGCAGGCAGACUUAGACAGGGAUGGCAAGAUAAGUUUUGAAGAAUUCGUCAACGUUUUGGAUUCUUGACAACAGCAACAGAUCUGAUACAGAAGCCAUGAACUAUUCUUUGAACACUUAGAAGUACUAUUACACGUAGCCAGCUUUUACCAAGGGGAGCUUUUUGACAGUUUUGGCUGAAAAAUAUCCGAAAGGUGCUCAGAAUGGUGAAAA